CGGCGGCGCUUCCGGCGGGCGCGGAGCGGGGCCCGCCAUGGGCAUCCUCGAGAAGAUCUCGGAGAUCGAGAAGGAGAUCGCCCGCACGCAGAAGAACAAAGCCACCGAGUACCACCUGGGCCUGCUGAAGGCAAAGCUUGCAAAAUACAGAGCUCAGCUUCUGGAACCUUCCAAAUCCCCGGCUGCCAAGGGCGAGGGCUUCGAUGUGAUGAAAUCAGGAGAUGCCCGGGUGGCACUGAUUGGAUUUCCUUCUGUGGGGAAGUCCACGUUUCUGAGUUUAAUGACCUCGACCGCCAGCGAAGCCGCGUCCUACGAGUUCACCACGCUGACCUGCAUCCCUGGAGUCAUAGAGUACAAAGGAGCCAAUAUUCAGCUGCUGGAUCUGCCUGGAAUCAUCGAAGGAGCUGCUCAAGGGAAGGGCAGAGGCCGGCAGGUGAUCGCCGUGGCCAGGACAGCAGAUGUUGUUAUCAUGAUGCUGGAUGCCACCAAGGGCGAGGUGCAGAGGGCCUUGCUGGAGAAGGAACUGGAAUCUGUAGGAAUCCGGCUGAACAAGAGCAAACCAAAUAUCUACUUCAAGCCCAAGAAGGGUGGAGGCAUCUCCUUCAACUCCACUGUCACGUUGACUCAGUGCUCUGAGAAGCUGGUUCAGCUCAUCCUCCAUGAAUACAAAAUCUUCAACGCUGAGGUCCUGUUCAGAGAGGAUUGUUCCCCUGACGAGUUCAUUGAUGUGAUUGUAGGAAACAGGGUCUACAUGCCAUGCCUCUAUGUUUAUAACAAGAUUGAUCAGAUAUCCAUGGAGGAGGUGGAUCGCCUUGCUCGGAGGCCCCACAGUGUUGUCAUCAGCUGUGGCAUGAAACUGAACCUGGACUACUUGCUGGAGAAGCUGUGGGAGUACCUGGCACUCACCUGCAUCUACACCAAGAAAAGGGGACAGAGACCAGACUUUACAGAUGCCAUUAUUCUAAGGAAAGGAGCCUCUGUGGAACAUGUGUGCCAUCGGAUUCACAGAUCAUUAGCCAGCCAGUUCAAAUAUGCCUUGGUGUGGGGGACAAGCACAAAGUACAGCCCUCAGAGAGUGGGUUUAACCCAUAUGAUGGAGCAUGAAGAUGUCAUUCAGAUCGUAAAGAAGUAACUGCUGGUGCCUGGCCUUGCCUUUUAUCACUGCAAUUGGAACUGACCAUGUAGAAACAAAACAAAACACACCAAAAAAAAAAAAAAAAAAG